UUCAGGAUGUGUUGAGGGUUGAGACAGGACUGAAGCAGAAGAGACUGAACUUUACUGCAGCUCGAGCUGAAGGAGUGAACCGUGAAAAAAGCAUCAUGGCUGGAAGGUUCUGUGGAGUCCUUGCCCUUCUUGCUGUGUUUCUCAGUGGACUGGAUGCAUCAAGACCAGCUAUAAACCAGGAACUAUCCAAUAUCUUCAAUGAGCUGUGGACUUUGGAUGUGAAUCGCAUGACCCCUGCCACAGACUACACAAUCUCUGUUCAGGGUAGAGCCAAUUAUGUAACCCAGGGAAGCCAUGUUGUGACGGACCGAGCCUCACAGCCUCUCUUCUCCAACGUUAAUGAGAUCAAGCUGCAGAACAUCACAACCUUCACCCGCCUCAUGAAACUCCUGGACAACUAUGAGCGGUCCACAGGCGUGGCUGAGCGAGUCACAACAGAGGAGCAGACUGAGAUGAAUCUCUUCCUCGAUGCCGUCCUAAACACUGAAGUCAUGAAGCGAGCCCAUCGGUACCUGGUGAGCAAAGGACAGUCCAACUCUAACCUGAGGAUCUUUAAAAAUCAGCUUCGCUUGAUCUGGUUCAACCUCUACCACAGAAAGAGAAACUCAGCCCUGGAUUCCUGUGGAUUCGAGCAUGUGUUUGUUGGAGAGACAAAAUCUGGAUCAGAAAUCAUUGGUUUCCACAACUGGGUCCAGUUCUACCUGCAAGAAAAAAGCACGCACUUGGACUACAAAGGAUACAAGGCCAGGGAUCAUGACUUACCCGAUCAUGAUGACCACGUCCUGAACCUCCAGUUCAGCUGGCACGGUCUGGUGAAGCCUGUCGGCAGCGCCUUCAUCGGGACCAGUCCUGAGUUUGAGAUGGCGCUCUUCACCAUCGUCUUCCUCAUGAACACAGAGCGGAGCACCACAGUGCUGGUCAACGUUGACCAGUGUCAGAUGGAGCUGGUGGUCAUCCGACACGGACGCUCCCUCGGGACGGCAUACCCCAAACUGCUGAGCAGCAACAGCAGACAUGUCGGCCAUCACUAAACUGAAGGAGAGGGUCUUCUGUUAUAAAGUGAAGCCCACAUCCUUAUUAUGAGAGCUACAUAAACUACAUGGACAUUUUUGGUUACAUAAUCCAUUACAUCAUAAAAAUUUCAUCUUAUCUGAUUACUUUUGAAUAAUUCUAAAAUCAAACAUUGAAAAUAUGCCACUUUAUAUUAAAAAUGUAAGUUUGACUGAUAUUAUUUUUCUAAACAUAUUAAAACAUUUUACAUUUUCAAUGCAUUUACAGUUGUUUUCAUCCAAUUACUCUAACAGGUGUGUUUUCCACCCCAUGUGGGAUGCACUUUAAUGAGUCAAUAACAUUGAUUAUUGUGAACAAAAGUUUCAUAUUUUUUAAACUGCAAUUUUAUAAAGACUCAAUCAAAAAAUAUAACUAAGUAGUUGAUCGACAGUGCAUCUAUAAUCUGCACAUGUUUUCAUAUACAUCUCAGUUGAUUAAAGUUAGUAAUGUUACUUACAUGAUCAAGAGUCUGUGUUUUGGUUAAAACACCUACUGACCUACUGACUACAGUGCAUGACAUAUAUCUGUAAAUACCUGUCAUUUCUUUGACACACAUUUGUAAACUUUUUAAUGUCAAACAUGUGGUGUGUUUAUAAAAUGUCAUCAGCCAAUAAAAUGCCAUAUAACCCUUUAAA